CUUUUAAAUCCUGGUUAUAGUGUUCUAUUAUGUGAAAUUCUUUCAAGAUAUUUAUUAGAUACUAAAGUUGCAAAAGUUAUAAAUAAAGUUAAUAAAAUUUUAGACAGUAAUAAUCAUCUUACUAUUGGUCUUGAUGAAGAAAUUCAAGAAAAUCAAUCAGAAAUUAUUAGUCCUGCUAUUUUAACAAUAUUUCAUAGUCGAGGCUUUUUUACUGAUUUGCAAUAUCUUUCAGGGGUUUUACUUCUAAUUAAAGAUGCAAUUUUAGCAGUUGAAGCAAAUUGUUCUAUACUUGCUAACUGUUAUAUUAAUUUAAUAAAAAUUGCUAUUGCAAUUCAAAACCUUCCUUCUGAUGAAUAUAAAAGAUUUCGUAAUUAUUGUAUUAGAAAAUUUAAUAAUCAGUUUGAAGAAUUUAAUGAUUCUGCUUAUUAG